AAUUCGUGCCUUUACAAAAUCAAUUAAACUAUCGCCACCGUCUUCCGCCGUAUCAACCACUAAUCACCGCCCUUAUGAUUGGCUUCACCACUAAAAUAUUCCGCAAUUUAGAGCGAGAGUAUGCGUAUUUCACCAUUAUCGAGACAGUUUUCAGGCUUUAUGUCCAUGGUCGCAGAGGCACUCAUUAAAUUCUCCAGCUGUACGCCGAACUCCCGCCAUGUGACUCUGCGUCCCCACUUCCACUCCCACUCACCAUAAACCUCCAAAUCCCUUACCUUCCUCAUCUCUCCAACUCAAAUUUCCCCUAAAACUACAUCUAUGGCGUCAUCUGUUCUUCUAAACACCCAAAUCGCACUAUGUCUGGUGUUACUCGCGCUUAUACAUUCCUCAGGCGCCGAUGUAUCAAACGCCGUGAAGGAGCACUCGCUACGUCUCAUCACCGACGAGCUUGACUGGCCGACAUCGUCGAUGUACGACGGAAUUGACGAGAUCGAUGGCGUAAACGACGAAGAUGCCUCCACCGUCGCCGGUCGGAGAUCUCUGUUCUGGAAGAGGUUUGGAUACUACAUUUCCUACGGCGCUCUCUCCGCUAACAGAGUCCCAUGUCCGCCGCGAUCCGGCCGAUCAUACUACACUCAUGAAUGUUGGAGAGCCAGAGGUCCUGUUCAUCCUUACACUAGAGGUUGCUCCGCCAUCACUCGUUGCCGCCGGUGAAAUCCGCCGCCUGAAAUUACUAGGUUAGCGUUUGCUAAAGUUGAAUCUACGUCUCUAAUUAUUAUUACGGAGAUGAUUUAAUUAUGUGUCCGUUUUUCCUUUACUAUCAUGUUGAUCGAAUCUGUAUCAACUUAAUUGUGUUUAUGAAACUUGAAUGACUCCAUUGUUGGAUGAAGAACCUUGUAUAAUGUAUUAUGAUUUUGCUCUUGAGAAACUCUAAACUUUUGUGUGCA